UUGCGUCGGCUGUUUACCACGAUGUCAUGUCACAUUUGAACCACUACCCCGAGGAAUCCUACGCGCUAACAGAGCAUGGUCAGCUACAUGAUACGAAUAAGUACUAUGCUGCGAGAUACCAGGAUGGCAGCUCCAUCGACUGGCUGUACGAAGAAUCUCUAGAACGAGAACGGACACAGGCGCAGCGCUCACAGCACGGCGUACGCGGCCUACUCCUUCCAUGGAUCGACUCGGCUCGAAUGUGGUUGGUAGUAAUCUUGACUGGCAUUGGAGUAGGCCUCGCUGGAGCAUGGCUAGAUGUUCUUGUCAAGUGGUUGGGCGACCUCCGGGAGGGUCGUUGCACAUAUGGUUUCUUCUACAAUCAGAAUACUUGCUGCAGUGGACUGGAUCCGGGAGAACUCUGUAGGGAAUGGCAAACGUGGAACGAAGUAUUCAAUAUUCGCUUUAUCUUCGUGCAGUCACUGUUACAUUCCUUCAUCUAUGUAUCUCUUGCUGUCGUGUUCGCUGGAAGCGCAGCAGUCUUGGUGAAGACAUACGCUCCAUAUGCCUUUCACACCGGUAUACCUGAAAUUAAAGCCAUUCUAGGUGGUUAUAUUCUGGAUGCGUUCCUAACGCCGUGGACACUUCUCAUUAAAGCCCUCGGCCUGGCGUUAGCUGUCGCCUCUGGUCUAUCGCUCGGCAAAGAGGGACCGUUAGUACAUGUAGCGUGCUGCAUGGCCUUCCUUCUGUCGAGGUUCUUCAAGCAGUUCAGAUGUAGUGAGGCACAAAAACGAAAGAUUCUGGCUGCUGCCGCUGCCGCGGGUGUGUCAGUGGCUUUCGGUAGCCCACUCGGUGGAGUCCUAUUCGGACUCGAAGAAUUGGACACCUUCGCAAGCGAAAGUGAUGUACUGUGGAGAGGUUUCGUAGCAUCAGCCAUAGCUGCCGUUGCCUUGCAAUACGCAGAUCCUUUUGGAACCGGAAAACUCGUACUUUUCCAAGUUACAAGUGUGACAGGCGACGCAUGGAGAACGUUUGAACUUAUUCCCUGGCUUGGAUUGGGUAUCAUCGGAGGAGUCCUUGGAUCCCUGCUAAUCAAGCUCAAUGUCGAGUUUGCCUUGCUUCGUAGAAAUUCCAUCUUGAAUGAAUGGCCUGUCGUCGAAGUCGCGGGGGCAAGCGCUAUUACUGCUGCUAUUAGUUACCUGGUUGUCUUCGCGAGAGCACAGACCUCUGAAUUAGUGUCCAAUCUUUUUCAAGAAUGUGACCCGUCGAAAGGCGACUACCACGGUCUUUGCAACCCAACGGCAAUAUGGGAGAAUGUUUUUCUUCUGAUUCUGACAGCAAUCAUCAAAUUUGGGCUUACUGCGUGGACGUUUGGAAUGAUGAUCCCAGCAGGUAUCUUUCUUCCUACGAUAGCGAUCGGGGCAUGUCUGGGUCGAGCAGUUGGUCUACUGACGCAAGCUUUGCACAAGGCAUAUCCUACGGCAUGGAUAUUUUUGUCUUGCCCUCCAGACCCGACUGUUCGCUGUGUUUCUCCGGGUUUUUACGCAGUGAUUGGGGCUUCUGGCAUGCUGGCUGGUGUCACUCGUAUGACAAUCUCUCUGGUUGUCAUUCUAUUUGAGUUGACGGGUGCGCUUUCGCAUGUGCUACCCAUCAUGAUUUCUGUCAUGACUGCCAAAUGGGUCGGGGACGCGUUUGGGAAGGAUGGAAUUUAUGCUGUGUGGAUCACAAUGCGAAAGUAUCCGUGGUUGGCUCCUGGUGAUUACAACGACGAAGGAGAGACCGGCGCUUGUAUUAUGAGACCAGUGGAGAAACUCGCUGUGAUUGAAGACGGUCAGUGUACUCCUAUGACUCUCGGCAACCUUUUGAGUACAUCACCCUUUCAUGGUUAUCCCGUUGUCUCUCAAGGAGAGUUGAUGGGCUAUGUAACACGCGAUCAGUUAAAAUCAGUCAUAGAUAACCUCCCCGAGGGACAGCGAUCCAGAAAAUGCGUGUUUUCCCCUCGAUUUACUCAUACGCAGGAGGAAAGCAUCAACCUAUCUGACCUUCUUGAGCUGUCGAUCAUGCAAAUUCGAAAGGAAGUCCCUCAGGAAUUAGUGGUGAAGAUGUUCCAGAAAUUGAACCUCCGACAUAUAUUGUUCACGCAGGGAGGUAAAUUAGAGGGUAUGGUGACAAAGACAGACGUUGCUGCCUUGUUGACGGCAGAGUUUCCUCAUACUGGAGCGCUUUCUCCUCGUAAUAUCCCGACGUUGUGACAUAUCAUUUAUUAAAAUAGAGGGAAUAUUUGACUGACG